AUGUUCGCACAAACUCUGCUUGCCUUUGUCGGGGCCCUGGCCCUGGCUGCGGCCAAGACUACCACUGAAAAGAACCCAACUCAGGCUGAGAUCGAUGCAGCACGUGCUACAGUAUUGCCUUACUCUCCUGUAUCAAAUGUAAAAGGGUUGGCUUUUGAUCGCUUCGUGAACAUCUGGUUCGAGAACACAGACUUCGAUACCACUGCUUCAGACAAGAAUAUGGCCAAGCUGGCUAAGGAAGGUAUACUCCUCACCAACUAUUUUGCAGUCACUCACCCCUCGGAACCCAACUACUGCGCUUCUGCCGGGGGUGACACCUUCGGUAUGGACAAUGAUGACUUCAUACGGAUCCCAGCAAAUGUCUCCACUAUUGCUGAUUUGUUUGACACCAAGCACAUCGCUUGGGGUGAGUACCAAGAGGAUAUGCCCUAUGCCGGCUACCAGGGUAUGCGGUAUCCCCUCAGCGGUCCGAACCAGUACGUGCGUAAGCACAACCCGCUGGUUUUGUAUGACUCGGUUACCAACGACGCCGUGCGCCCGCGUCAAAUCAAGAAUUUUACCACUUUUUACGAGGACCUGGCACACCACAGCCUUCCCCAACACAUGUUCAUCACGCCGAACAUGACCAACGACGCCCACGAUACCAAUAUCACUGUGGCUGGCGACUGGGUCGCUCGUUUCCUGCCUCCCCUGCUGAAGAACGAGCACUUUACCAAGGACAGCCUGGUGCUGCUCACCUUUGACGAGGCGGGCAACUACUCCUACCCAAACCGAGUCUUCAGCUUCCUGGUUGGUGGUGCUAUCCCGAAGCACCUGAAGGGCACCACCGACGACACUUUCUACACGCAUUAUUCAAUUAUUGCCUCCCUGUCUGCUAACUGGGGUCUACCAUCGCUUGGCCGCUGGGAUUGUGGUGCCAACUUGCUGAAGUUGGUCGCUGAGAAGACUGGCUAUGUCAAUUGGGAAGUUGACACCAGCAAUGCCUAUAUUAAUCAGACCUACCCUGGUCCUCUGGCUGUCGAGAACUUUUUCUCUCAGUGGCCUGUUCCUGCCACUAAGGGCAAGUGCUCUGCUGGCCAUGGUAUUGCUGCGGUGGUGAAGAAGACCUAUCACGGUCUUCACCCUACCUACGACUAUAACAGCCCUGUGCCGUAUGACGCGGCCAGUGGGAAUAACGUCGGCAUCAAGUAUCACCGUACUCUGAAGCAUGGUAAGGAGGAGUCAGGAAUUACUGGGUAG